AUGGAUGAACUUCGCACACAAGUCCGUAGGGUUCUCAUUGAGGAUCCUGGGAACUUCCCGCGCAACUUCAAGCCUGGUCGUGAUGCUGUAUCCAAGUGUGAUUUGCCUCAAGUCUGGCAGAAUGUUGAGUCCUACGACCAUUCGAGCCAUCUGAACAGAUGCGAGAGUAUUGCUUCCAUGAUCAGUUAUGUCGAGUACUUCCAGCCAUGGUCGCCGGACGAUGGAAGCCCAAUAAUCUUCACCCAAGACCAAAACGAGGCGCUGAACAAAAUUUUCAAGUGGGCGAGCGCGGUCGUUCUGCCGAGUGCGGCAUAUUCGGUCGAGUUUGUGCAGACCGAGUCUGACGAACCUACCGCGGAUAUCAAGAGAGCUCAAGAUGAGAGCAGGUGGGAAUCAGAUCUGGCCCUACAGCUUCUGACGGUCAUGACCAAGCUUCUUGGCAGCAUGUCAGGUCGCCUGCCCGACGACGUUGCCGUCGCCGAUUUCACUCUCGCUCUAGCAUGCACUGUUAACCCUAAAGAGCCAUGGACUUCAAACAGUGUUCACACAGGCGCAGCACUAUUACAGACCAUUUGGCUCACGGCUCUGGAAGACCGGGGUAACAAGUUAUGGUCUGCUCUGGAGGUCAUCCUCAAGGAACGUAUCAAGCCCUUGUUCGCAAAGACUCCGAGUCCCGCAAUCACCGCCGCCGGCCGCAAGAACUUCCAUCCGCUGUCUCUCCCACGAUUUGACAGCAUGGAUGAGUCGAACAAGCCUUGGAAGACAACUGAUGUCUACGUUGGCUCGGCACUGACGUGGAUGAUAGAUCAGUACAGCCCCGAGGACAAGAAACACCUUGAAGAACAUUUCCCGCUCUACGUUCCGGCCAUCCUCGCCAUGAUCGACGACAGCAACAUGUGCUUCAAAACAAUGGGAUGCGAGCUGAUCAAAAACCUACUACGCAGAGUCAAAGCCUGCAAAUCAGACAUCCUCCAACGAACGAACUUAACAUCCGUCUUCGAAGAGGCCAUAACCCCAGUCCUCCUUUCCCUUCCAUCCAUCACACCAGAGGAAAGCUCAAUCUUCUGCCUAUCAGAAGCAUACCCAGCUCUCCUAGCCCUCUUCCAAACAGCUUACCAAAACCCCACCUCAAAGAACAAGGCAAAGGACACAGAAAAGUACUACAACAGCCUGUCCAAAGUUCUCCGCUCAAACAUCAUCUCCUCCCUACACCACAUCAGCUCCAGCACCCCAGCCGCAGCCUCAACCCAAACCUCUUUCCCCUACCCCCGCCUCUCAGCCCAACUCAUCACAAUGGCAGGCCUUUUCGUUGAAGAAUUGGGUAUCAACACAGUGAAAUACCUACAGGAUCUGAUUCCUAUUUUCUACACUACACUCUCAAACCCCUUUGGAUUUGAAGUGUCCCAUUUGGGUCUUACGCUGAGCGCGGCAAUGGUCCUCCAAGGCGUGAUUAAGAAUGGACACCCGCGUAUCUGGCGUUGGCGCAGUGAGUUGUUGAGUGGGUUGUCCACGGCGUGGAUUCAUGCUGCUGAGGAUACGUCGACUUCGGAUGAGGAGAAGGGCAUGCUGGAGCAUGAGUUAAAGGUUGCCGUUCAGGUUUUGUUGCAUGUUUUGCAGAAUCCUGUUACUAUUCCCGGUGAUAACAGUCAGAAGGAGCAGAUGAAGGCUAAGACUGAGAUGGUUGCGGAUGUGAAGAAGUUUGUUGGGGCUGAUCCGAUUCUUAAGCCGCUUUUCUUUUAA